AUGGCGAUAUGUUUCGACCCUAGAAAGCUUGAGAACAUUAUACACAACGUCGAUCAGCCGCUGCUGCCGCUGCGUUCAGCGUCAUCUGCCGUCCACCGUCCCAACUGCCGCGUGACGCCCUUGGUCGCGCCGACGCCUCGCGUCCCGACGCUUGUCUCUGACGAAAGCCCCGCCCGUUUCCGGCCCGAUGGAUGCCAGUAUCUUGGCAGCCAUGGACAAGGAUGCGCUCAAGAAGCAGAUCGAGAAUAUGAAAUACCAGGCGGCCAUGGAACGUUGGCCGCUCUCCAAGUCUAUCGCAGCUGUACAUAA